GCUGAGAUAGGGUAACAAAAUGAACUACUGUAUGCAAGAAAUAUAUGAAGUGCACCCAGCUGCUGGUAGCAACUGCUACAUGCAGUCCACUGAUUAUUGCACAUAUAUCGAAGAAAAUCAGGGUUACAGCAGUUGUGAUGCUCAGGUCCUGCACAGUAACAACAUAUAUAUGGAACAGGCCUGGGCGGUGAAUCAGCCUUAUACCUGUAGUUACCCUGGAAACGUGUUUAAAAGCGAGUACUCUGACAUGGACAUGGCCCUGAAUCAGUACAACCAACCUGAAUAUUUCACCGAAGAAAAACCUACUUUUUCUCAAGUGCAGUCGCCAUCGUACUCUCAGAAGAAAGGGUAUAUACCCAGUUACUUAGACAAGGAUGAGCUAUGUGUAGUAUGCGGGGACAAAGCCACCGGAUAUCAUUAUCGCUGCAUCACUUGCGAAGGUUGCAAGGGUUUUUUUAGAAGAACCAUUCAGAAAAACCUCCAUCCAACCUAUUCCUGUAAAUAUGAAGGAAAAUGUGUGAUAGACAAAGUAACAAGAAAUCAAUGCCAAGAAUGUCGCUUCAAAAAAUGUAUCUUUGUUGGCAUGGCAACAGAUUUGGUGUUGGAUGAUAGCAAGCGGUUGGCAAAGAGGAAGCUGAUAGAAGAAAAUCGAGAGAAGAGACGUCGAGAAGAGCUGCAGAAAACAAUCGGGCACAAACCAGAGCCAACGGAUGAGGAGUGGGAGCUCAUCAAAAUUGUUACUGAAGCACAUGUGGCCACCAAUGCACAAGGAAGCCACUGGAAGCAGAAAAGGAAAUUUCUGCCAGAAGAUAUUGGGCAGGCACCAAUAGUUAAUGCCCCAGAAGGUGGGAAAGUGGAUUUAGAAGCCUUCAGCCAGUUUACAAAAAUUAUCACACCAGCGAUUACAAGAGUGGUGGAUUUUGCCAAAAAGUUGCCUAUGUUUUGUGAGCUGCCAUGUGAAGACCAGAUCAUCCUUCUGAAAGGCUGCUGUAUGGAGAUCAUGUCCCUCCGAGCAGCAGUUCGCUAUGACCCCGAGAGUGAGACUUUAACACUGAAUGGGGAGAUGGCGGUGACAAGGGGCCAGCUGAAAAAUGGGGGUCUUGGUGUAGUAUCGGAUGCCAUUUUUGACCUGGGCAUGUCUCUUUCUUCAUUUAACUUGGAUGACACCGAGGUUGCCCUUCUUCAGGCUGUUCUGCUCAUGUCAUCAGAUCGCCCAGGCCUUGUUUGUGUCGAGAGGAUAGAAAAGUGUCAAGAGGGUUUCCUGCUGGCAUUCGAACACUACAUUAAUUACAGAAAACACCAUGUUGCACACUUUUGGCCAAAACUGCUGAUGAAAGUGACAGACCUGCGAAUGAUCGGAGCCUGCCAUGCCAGCCGCUUCCUGCACAUGAAGGUGGAAUGCCCCACAGAACUCUUCCCUCCAUUGUUCCUGGAAGUAUUUGAGGAUUAGAGAGACUGGAGUGGUUCUCCGCACCCCCGUGGCACUACUGGCUGUCAUUUCAUCCCGUUGCCUGGCUCUUCUCACCUCUGUUUGUUCUCCUUCUUUCGUUCUCUUCUGUUCUUGAGGCGGGGUUGGGUUUUUGUUUAGGUUUUCGUUUGGGGUUGCUGGGGGCGGUUGUAUACACACGGAUGAAAACAUCCCUUUAAUGCGGGUACUUGUGACUAUUGCAAUUUGUUCUUCAGUCCUUUGAUGUGAA